UUUUAAACGCAAUUUCCAGUGAAUAAUGUGGCAAAUGCUGACCGCUUGCAUUUAGUUAUUAAUAUACAAUUGCCGCUAGCACACGCGCUAUAGCGUGUUAGCAACAGACAACACAACCGUCAGACCGUCGCCGCAGUAGUCAAAUUUUCUUACGCACUAUUUACUCGGUCGUUUGAGUCGUGUGUUGGUGUGUCGGUGUGUCGAAAACAAAACGCAUACGAAAGAAAGAUAGAAAAGCAAGCAGACAUUACAAAUUACUCCAAAUUCUAAAAUAACAAGCAACACACAAACCAAGUGUACAAUGACUGAGACGAAUGCAGCAGCGCCGAAAAGGGACAACACACCCGCCAGGCUUAAAAUCGAACAGGAAUAUAAUGACAAAAAAUCUGGAUCGGGUUGGCUUCUUUACUACAAGGAAAUAAGUGAUAAAUGCGAUCGUGAGGCUAAAGAGCAACAGUUUACUACGCUAGAAUCGGAGCGUGCGCCGAAUCGGGGACUGAACCGUUAUAGGGAUGUGAAUCCCUAUGAUCAUUCGCGCAUUGUGCUAAAACGCAGUAGCGUAGACUACAUCAAUGCCAACCUGGUGAAGGUGGUACGCGCCGAUCGUCAAUAUAUACUGACACAGGGUCCGCUGCUGGAUACGGUGGGUCAUUUCUGGCUGAUGGUCUGGGAGCAGAACUCACGCGCCAUUCUUAUGCUCAACAAGCUGGUGGAGAAGAAACAGGUUAAAUGCCAUCUGUAUUGGCCGGAUCAGAUGGGGCCGAAGCAGGCACUUAAUCUGAAGGAUGUCAAGUUGUCCGUAGAGCUAAUUUGCUGCGAGAACUAUCAGAACUUUGUGCGGCGGUGGUUCAAAUUAACUGAUCUCGAAACGAAUAAAAGCCGUGAGGUUAUGCAAUUCCAUUAUACGACCUGGCCAGACUUUGGCAUACCCAGCUCGCCGGAUACUUUUCUAAAGUUCUUGCAACUGGUGCGCGACUCGGGCGCUCUGGGGGCGGAUGUGGGCCCAGCCGUGGUGCACUGCAGUGCCGGCAUUGGUCGCUCCGGCACAUUUUGCCUGGUCGACUGCUGUCUGGUGCUUGUGGAGAAGUACGGCGACUGCAAUGUGGCGAGUGUGUUGCGCGAGCUGCGCAGCUAUCGAAUGGGUCUCAUACAGACGGCCGAUCAGUGGGACUUUUCAUAUCAGGCAAUCAUCGAGGGCAUCAAAAAACUGAACGAUCCCAGCUUUCUGGGUGUCGAGGAACCAAUCAUUAGUAACGACAUGGACUCACACGGGCAGGAGGAGCAGCCGCCACCAUUGCCACCGCGUUCCCAUUCGCUGAACUUGCCCUUGGCGCCCAUCACGGGUGGUGUGCUCUCCCUGGAUAUGCAUGCAGCCCAGGCUAAUGGGGAUAACUUGGGCGAGGGGGAUGGCAUCACCGACAAACAGACCUUGAGCAGCAAAGAUGCGCUCAACAACAUUAUUAUCAAUCAGCCAGAGAUUGUCAAUGCCGAGGUGGCAGACAGUCUGCUUAACAAUCGUCCACUGCCACCGCUGCCGACGUUACCGCAGCACAGCGAACAGGAAUCGGAUAGCGAUGACAAUGAGGAAUACGAUGUGAACGAGGACGACGAGGACGAGGAGUACGAGAACAUCAAUGAGCAGGAAGCUAAUGGCGAUGUCAUCAUGUUGCCACCACACGUAGAUGACGUGAAUGCCAACAGCGAGAAGCCAACUGCGGUGGAUCAGCAUAAGGUCAAUGGCAUUGAUUUGACAGCGAGUACCGGCGACGAGCUGAAGCGGCGAAAACGCAACGAAUACCAGUCGAAUCUGGAGCAAAAAGUCAACGAAAUUAAACGCAAACAGCGUGAGAACGAGGACAAUCAGCAGGCGGCGAAAAAACGAAGGUCAUUACUCACAUAUAUUGCCGCUGGCGUUGUGGUGGGCGUCAUUGCCGCCUACGCGUACACCAAGCUAGCCUAAGUCCUUGCCCCUAUCAAGCCAGAAAGUAGCCCGUAGAUGUAGCAAUUAUCAGCAUGUAGUGGCAGUAGCGUGACAAUGAUCCCAAUUCUGGGCAUAUGUAUGUAUAUGUAUGUAGGUCUUAUCGAGCUAACAUCAAAUGUCAGCGCGACACAAAUACUUGCACACACACACGAACACAAACAAGCAGAAACACACACACACACAGAGACACUCCCACAGACACACUCACGCACACACAGACACACACGCACACGAGUUGGACAGCCGGCAAUGCGAAAAAGUCGCAUUCGUUGAAACGAUAAUGACAAUGCAUAUUAGGGAAUUUUUUUUAUAUAUAAAAAUAAAAAAGAAAAGAAGACAAAAAACGGAGAAAAAAAAUACAACUGCAACAUUUAAACUUAGGAAUUCGGUGUAGCAGUAAGCCGAGCACAAAAGUAGAUUCUUGCGCAAUAGACUGACAUUUUAGAACAAAUUUUUCUCGAUACACUUAAAAAAAAAAAAAGAAAAGAAAAAACGGAAUGAAUCACCCAAGCAAA